GCACCUUUCACCAGCACUGAUAUAUGUUGGCUUUGUGCAGCGAGUGCCUGUGCCGCAGUAUAAAUCAAGUUAAUUCCUAAGCACAGCUGUGUCUGAGGAUGCGGCAUAUUCACAUCGGGUGUCUUGUGGCAAUGACUUUCUUGUGGGUGGCAAACAGGAUGCAUGCUAAGGAAGGUGUCAAGUGUGGCGGAGUCCUCGCCGCACCAUAUGGCAACUUCUCCAGCCCUAAUUUCCCUGGACUCUACCCCUAUGACACCGAGUGCACUUGGCUCAUAGUGGUCACAGAAGGAUCCUCAGCCCUGUUGACCUUUGACCAUUUUGACCUGGAAUAUCACGACAACUGUGACUACGACUACCUCAAAAUCUACAAUGGCUUCUCCGAGGACGAGGGAAAUCUCCUGGGAAAGUUCUGUGGCAAGAGCUCCCCUCCGCAGUUUACUUCUUCCUGGCAUGUCAUGUCCAUUAUCUUCCACUCAGAUAAGCACGUGGCCAGUCAAGGCUUUUCUGCAGCUUACCGGAAAGAUGUUUGUGGGGGAGUGCUCACUGGUCUUUCCGGCAUGAUAACAAGCCCCGAUUACCCUGAGAAUUACCCCAACAAUGCCGAAUGCCGCUGGAUCAUCCGGGCAGUGCCCAACUCCAUCAUCAAGCUGGUUUUUACUGACUUUCAGAUGGAAAACAACGAGGGAUGCAAUUUUGAUUACGUGGCCGUCUAUGAUGGGCCCACGAUGGGGGACAUGCAUCUCAGCCACUACUGUGGGAAUAUGAAACCCCCUGAUAUCGUCUCUUCCACGCACGAGCUCCUGGUGGUGUUCAAGUCAGACUUCAACAUAGGAGGUAGAGGCUUCAAGGCCUAUUUUUUCUCAGGCAAAUGCCAGGAAGUAUACACAGCCAUCAAAGGAAAUUUCUCCAGUCCUCAGUAUCCCAACUUUUACCCCAACAAUAUCAAAUGUCAUUGGACCAUCCAGCUCCCCCCAGGAUACCGAAUCAAAGUCUUCUUCCUGGACUUGGCUCUGGAGGGGCGGAACAGCCUAACAGAUGGCUGUGAUUACGACCAUCUGGCAGUGUUUGAUGGAGGCACUGAGAAAGCUUCCCUCCUGGGGAAGUGGUGUGGGAGAGAGAUGCUGUCUCCCAUAACAUCCACUAGAAACAAACUGCUGUUGGUCCUCCACACGGACAGGAACACGGCCAACAGGGGGUUCUCGGUAGCAUAUAUUGGAGUUGUUCCCGUGAACGUCAGCUGCACGCGAACAGAUUUCCAGAUCCAGAUUCCUGUGCAGUCUCUUGCCCAGCUGGAGAGAAAUAAGAUUUAUUUAGGGACCCCAUCCUGUCCUGCCCAAGUGGUUGGCCUGAACUUUAAAAUACACACCCGGUUCGACACCUGCGGUACUGAGUCCCAGAAAAGAAACCACACGUCUGUGAUUGUCAGUAUCCUGUAUAUCGACUUCUCGGCUGGGAACCAGGAGGAUAUUCAUGAAUAUGAAGUGCAGUGCGAGCCUAAGAGGAAAGAAGCCUCAGUAAACCUUCUCUCGAGCUCUGACCCCUACCGGCUGACCCAGUACGCGGAGAACCUGGUAGAGUCCCACGGGCAGGAUGCAGACACAGUGGAGUCCUAUGAGAGCAAGAGCCAGGACACCAGUGACAUUGUCUUCAUUAGCAUCUGUAUUCUUGCCGGUAUCCUCAUGGUGAUUGCUGUGGUUGGACUAGUGCUGCUAUAGGACGCUGCCUUCGGCCCAGUUCCUCCUGGCCUGCCCUCCGUCCCCGUCACAGACACACACGCACAGCCAGUGGCCUUUCAUCCUGGAUCCUGGGCUUAGAGUUUCAGUGCAGCUGCUCAAAUGGAAGCUCAGCUUCCAUGUCCUGAAACAGAGGUUGGGUUCAACCUCCAUCUCCUUUCUGUUCUCUGGAGAAAUCGGUGCAAUAGGCAAACCGCUCCUCAGUUAUAUAUUUUUUUCUUUUAAUCUGUCAAUUGGGUUUAGGAAUCUGAUUCUUGGGUUUCGUGACUCUUCCUACCACUGUUUCCGGGGUGGGGCUA